AUGCGUCUCGUUUAUUCUACUGUUGCCUUGACGGCAACAGCUCUGGCAGUCCCGGUGACUGUUCCUUCUACCUAUCACCGUACUUCGACGGUUCCUGGGAAGGUCCUUGAAGCUUCCAACCCGUCUGAUGCUGGUCAGUUGACGGCUCGGACUUUCGGCCCAUUGAUCAACUGGCUCGGACAGCUUAAGGGAGGAAGCUCCUGUGAGGAAUGUGCAACUGGUGAAAGAACCGGCUCCGAUUCCAUGGGUGUCAGCAUUGACAGCAGUGCCGAGGAUUGUAAUGACGAGUCAUCCAGCAACGGGAACUCGAACAGCAACUCGAACUCCAAUAGCAACUCGAACUCCAACAGUAACUCCAACUCGAACAGCAAUGAGAACUCUAACACCAACACCUCUGGUGGCAGCACUGACAGCGGUAGUAUGCCCCCUGGUGGCAUGCCUCCCUCUGGCGGCACUCCUCCCUCUGGCGGCACUCCUCCCUCUGGUGGUAUGCCUCCCUCUGGCGGUACUCCCCCUACUGGUGGUACUCCUCCCUCGGGAAGCACCCCCCCUACCAGCGGCACUCCUCCUACUGGCGAUGUCCCCACUGGCAGCACCCCAAGUGGCACCCCUCCCACCUCCGGUACUGAAACUGGUGAGGAGACUGGCGAAGAGACUGGUGGCUCCCCUCCUACUAGCGGAACUCCUCCAUCUGGCAGCACUCCUCCUACUAGCGGCACCCCCCCUACCGGCGACGUCCCAACUAGCGGCGGUACCCCCCCCAGCUCUGGCACUGAAACCGGCAUCACCACUGGCGAAGAGACUGGCACUUCUACUGGCGGCUCCCCUCCCACUGGCGGUAAGCCUCCUUCCGGCAGCACUCCUCCCAGCUCCGGCACCGAGAACUGCGAAGCCUGCGAGAAGGGCAACAACUCUGGCAACAACUCCGGAAGCUCCUCCUCUUCCUCUUCUUCCUCGUCUUCCUCCAGCAGCAGUAGCAGCAGCUCCAGCUCCAGCAGUUCCUCCAGCAGUUCAUCCAGCAGCUCCUCGAGCAGCUCGUCCAGCUCGUCCGGCGGCAACCACGCCUCAGCCAACGCUUCCGGCCCCAACGACUGCGCCGAGUGCGAAGUCUCCGUAUCUGUCUCUCCUGAGGACUGCGAGGACUUCGAGUAA